AUGUUAUGGUCAAAAUAUCCAAGAUACUUGACGAAAGUCACUUUAAAAACCAGACAGACGGUGGACAGACGGCGGUCGGGCGGUGCAGGCGGCGGUGUCGCCGCCGCUGGGCGGGCGGUGCACUACCUGAGGGCGGGGGCGGCGGCGCGGGGCACGCUGCAGAUUCACUUUCGUCCGCCCGCGGCCGCUUCCAAGCCAGUGAGAGAAAGUUGGCCGCGGCGAGCGAACGAGUCCCGCGAGUGGAGCGGCGCGCGCCGCACCGACCCG